AUGACCUUUUUAAAACUUCUUUUUCAGGCACAUUACAACAUGAGUAAGGAGAUGGACUCAAACACUUCAUUUGUGUGGCCUCACGUGCUAAUUUACAAUGGGACAUACAAGUACCUCUACUUAGAAGGCAAUGUCUCCUAUGUGGACUUCUACCUCCAUCAGCCUUCAGUGGCAGCUGUCUUCAUCAUCUCUUACCUCCUCAUCUUCCUGCUCUGCAUGGCUGGCAAUGGACUGGUUUGCUUUAUUGUCCUGAGGAACAAACACAUGCGGACAGUCACCAACCUCUUCAUCUUGAACCUGGCUGUCAGUGAUUUGCUGGUGGGAAUCUUCUGCAUGCCCACCACCCUCCUGGACAACAUCAUUGCAGGGUGGCCAUUUGGGAGCCUGGUUUGCAAGAUGAGUGGGAUGGUCCAAGGAAUCUCUGUUUCUGCCUCUGUCUUCACUCUAGUUGCCAUUGCUGUAGACAGGUUUCGCUGCAUUGUUUACCCCUUCAAGCAGAAGCUGAGCAGCCCUGCAGCGCUGGCCAUCAUCGCACUCAUCUGGCUCCUGGCAGUGGCCAUCAUGUGUCCCUCUGCAGUCAUGCUGCAGGUGCAGGAGGAGAAGCACUUCAGGGUCAUCCUGGGCUCUGGCAACGCCACCCGCCCCGUCUACUGGUGCCGGGAGGAUUGGCCCAACCCUGGGAUGAGGAAGAUCUACACGACAGUCCUGUUUGCCAACAUCUACCUGGCUCCCCUCUCGCUCAUGGUGAUCAUGUACGCGAGGAUCAGCAUCGCCCUCUUCCACACGGCUCUGCCCCUGGUGGGGAGGCCCAGCCGGGAGCGGAGACCCGGCGGCUCCAGGAAGAAACAAAAGGUCAUCAAAAUGCUCGUCAUCGUGGCUUUGCUUUUCACCCUCUCCUGGCUCCCCCUGUGGACCCUGAUGAUGCUCUCAGACUACGCCAGCCUUUCCGACAUCCAGUUGCAGAUCAUCAACAUCUACAUCUACCCCUUUGCUCACUGGCUGGCCUUUUUCAACAGCAGCGUCAACCCCAUCAUCUACGGGUUCUUUAACGAGAACUUCCGCCGCGGCUUCCAGGCAGCCUUUAGACUCCAGCUCUGCUCCAGGGAGGUGGCUCACAGGGAGGUCUAUUCCCAACGAGGCCAGAGCAAUGCCAUUCUGCCAGCUGCCAACUGCCAGACACCCCAGGAUCCAGCUUCUCCAAGUGCCAAGGAGAAGAGGAAGACAGUUAAGAGAGGAAAUUGGGUGAAUAACCAGCAGGACUUGAUAAUGGAAGAUCUAGAAGAGCCCUGCAAUGAUGGCAUGAAGUGA